AUGGAGGCGGGAAAAUCCAAACGAAAUCCAGGUAAGAAGCCCGAAUCCGCAACGAUGGAGCAUGUGCUUGUGGCAUUAGGCGAGACCAAGGAAGAGAGAGAGAUCAGGAUCCGAAGCCUGUUCAAAUUCUUCGACGAUUCCAACGUUGGCUUCUUAGACGACGCCCAGAUCGAGAAAGGUCUCUCUUCGCUCCGGAUUCCUCCAAAGUACAGAUACGCCGCAGAUUUCCUCAGAGUCUGCGACGCCAAUCGAGAUGGGCGCGUGGAUUACGACGAGUUUCGUCGCUACAUGGACGCCAAGGAGCUUGAGCUCUACAUGAUCUUCCAAGCCAUUGAUCUCGAACACAGUGGCGACAUUUGCCCUGAGGAGCUCUGGGAAGCUCUUCUUAAAGCUGGCAUUGAGAUUAAAGAUAAGGAGCUCGCUGCUUUUAUGGAGCAUGUUGAUAAGGACAACAACGGAAUCAUAACGUUCGAAGAGUGGAGAGACUUUCUUUUGCUGCACCCUCACGAGGCAACGAUUGAGAACAUUUAUCAUCACUGGGAGAGAGUGUGCUUGAUAGACAUUGGUGAGCAAGCUGUGAUACCAGAUGGUAUAAGCAAACACGCUCAAAGAAGCAAGCUGCUUCUCGCCGGAGGAGUCGCAGGAGCGAUUUCAAGAACCGCGACCGCGCCGCUGGACCGACUCAAAGUCGUCUUGCAGGUACAAAGAACGAAAGCGGGCGUGGUCCCGACCAUUAAGAAGAUAUGGAGAGAAGACAAGCUGUCUGGUUUCUUCAGGGGGAACGGGUUGAACGUGACGAAAGUGGCUCCCGAGAGCGCGAUUAAGUUCGCUGCUUACGAGAUGUUGAAACCGAUGAUCGGUGGAGCGGAUGGUGAGAUUGGUCCGAGCGGGAGGCUUUUGGCUGGUGGGUUGGCUGGUGCGGUGGCUCAAACCGCUAUUUACCCGAUGGAUCUUGUGAAGACUCGGUUACAGACUUGUGUGAGUGAGCUUGGGAAGACACCGAAGCUGUGGAGACUCACAAGGGAGAUUUGGAUGCAAGAAGGGUCUCGAGCGUUUUACAAGGGUCUUUGUCCUUCUCUUAUUGGGAUCAUACCUUACGCGGGGAUUGAUCUUGCUGCUUACGAAAGUCUUAAAGACUUGUCUAGGACGUAUAUUCUUCAUGACUCCGGUUACGAGCCUGGUCCUCUCAUACAACUCGGCUGUGGAAUGACGUCUGGAGCUCUUGGAGCGUCGUGUGUUUACCCAUUGCAGGUCAUUAGAACAAGAAUGCAAGCUGAUAGCACAAAGACUACAAUGAGCCAAGAGUUUCUGAAGACGCUAAGAGGAGAAGGUGUAAGAGGUUUCUACAGAGGAAUCUUUCCCAAUCUUUUCAAAGUCAUUCCUUCCGCAAGCAUUUCGUAUCUUGUUUACGAAGCUAUGAAGAAAAGUCUGGCCAUUGAUUGA